AUGGACUUCAACGCCCCAGCAAAGCAUACACGAUCCGAUACCGUUCAGCUCCUGGACGCUGUGACACGUCGCCUUGCGCGUCCGGCUUUCCUCUCCAGCAUCACGCCGUCGCGGCUGCCAUCGCAGGCUGCAAGCGAUGCGUCUUUGAGCCCCACUCGCGACGAAGCACGGUUCCACUCUGGUCCGCUAACCAGCCAUCGUCACUACCUCGCAGGGACAGUCAGAGAUGCCCUUGAACAAGCCGACCUCGUAGCCCCGCUGAUUCAGGAGCCUUGUGCCGACGGCAGCUCACCAAGCGUUGACAAGCGCAUCCUUCAGAAUCUGGAACAGGGCUUCGUUGGAGCGCGUCACGCGUACGCAAAGAUGGCCUCAGAGCGCAACUUUACCACCUUCUCUCACGGCCACCAGGACCUUGUGCUUGCUGUUGACUUCAAUUACUUCGGAACACGUAUGGUGACUGCGAGCUCGGAUCAUCGCCUGAAAGUAUGGGAUAAGAAAGAUGAAUCUUGGUCUCUUGUGGAGAGUUGGAAAGCGCACGAUGCUGAGAUUACCGAUGCCAAGUGGAACGGUCCGUUCAUGGGCGAGGUUGUAGGAAGCAUCGGCGAAGAUGGCCGCUGCAAGCUUUGGCAAGAGGAUGCUACUGAAGUGCCUCUGUCUGGCAACCGUUUUAAACUCAUUGCAAACCUGGUGUCUACCGGUCAUGCUCCAUUUAUGUCUCUUGACUUCAAGAAUAUAAUGCAAGAGACUUGGCUAGCGCUGAUCACUCGUGAUGGUCGUUUGACUGUCUACGAGCCGUCCGAUCAGAGCAGCUUGAACGAGUGGACCAUUCUGGCAGAGCGCUCUGUCUCCGAAGAAAACCCUCCAGAUCGCCAAGACGAGGUUGGCUUCAAGGUAGUGUUUCACAAGGAAAAAUUGCCAUGCUGGACCGCGAUCAUGGCCGGCUUAGAUCGCAAGUCGCUGUCGCUUGCCGUGGCAGCGAUGAAGGAAAUCCUUAUCUUCAGGACCGACAAAGCCAAGCGUUUUUUUCAGGUGGCGAAGCUGGAGGGCGCUCGACAAAUCAUUCGUGACCUGGCGUGGGCCAAUGGAUCCAUGCGGGGUCAUGAUAUACUUGCAACAGCAAGCAAGGAUGGUGUCAUCCGUAUCUAUGAACUAUCAACACCUAGUUCGGGGAAAAGUGCGACUGCUGGGUCAUCGACAACUGCUGCGAUUUUCACGCCUGCCGAGUCACCUCGCACAGACCCACGCAAGAACGCCCCUUCUGGCAUAGGAGCCGGGUUAGCUGGUGCAUCCAAGGUUUCUGAGAUACCACGCGAGAGCGAGCAAUAUCCAGGACGGAUAUCACAGCUGGCAAAGCUUACAGACGAGCUUACAGACCAUCAUGGAGCGGUUUGGCGAGUGGCAUUUUCGCAAAUGGGUGAUUUGCUUGUCUCUACCGGUGACGACGCUUCGAUUCGCACAUGGAAGAAAGCUGUGAACGGGCGUUGGGCAGAGUAUGCAGAAAUCGAGACCGCGCGCGAAAAUUGA